AUGCAGACACCCUCAGUGGUGAGCAGAUUCACUAGUAACCCAAUUCAUCCGAAAAGUGUUCGAUGCAACACCGAUGGAGCCUGGAACGAGGAUCGGAAGGCAGGAGGAAUGGGUUGGGUUUUCCACAAUUGCAACCAGAUCUUGAUUACCCAGAGAUCAAAAGCAAGGAAGCACAUAGCUUCAUCGCUAAUAGCAGAUCAGGGUUUGGCGAUCCGAUUCGCCCUAGAACACGCUGUAGAAUUGGGAUUCACCUCCCUGCAUGUGGUUUCAGAUUCGCAACAACUCGUUAAAGCGAUCAACUCAGAAAGCUGGCUAUCGGAGAUCUAUGGGAUCCUCCAGGAUAUUUCUCAUCUCUCAUCUCUUUUUAAGGAUGUAAAUUUCGUUUCAAUUUCUAGAGAAGCCAAUUUGUUGGCAGACUCUCUUGCAAAACAGUAUCUCCAUGCUUUUGUGCAGUUGGAGAAUUAA